UUUUAAUAGGAACAUAUUUUUUGCAACCACGUCUUGCAUUGUUGGCUCUUCAUUUCAAUAUGGUUACAACAUUGCUGUAUUAAAUGAACCACAAGAGAUCAUAAAAGGAUUUAUAAAUGAAAGCUAUGAGGCGAUAAAUAAUGAAACAAUACCAGAAGAACUGCUAACCAACACAUGGGCCAUUGCAUCUUCAGGAUUUGUCAUUGGUGCAAUGGCGGGAGCUUUAAUAGCUGGACCAGUAAGUGGUCGUUAUGGCAGUAAAAAAGCACUACUUGCCAACAAUAUUUUCGCUCUACUUGCAAGUGGAUUUUCUGGUUCUUCUAAAUUCCUGGGAUUAGUUGAAAUGCUUAUUGUUGGAAGACUACUAGUUGGCAUCAAUUCAGGUUUUAAUUGUGUGGUGAUGCCAAUGUAUGUGACAGAAAUAUCGCCUGUAGCAAUUCGUGGUAUACUGGGUACAGGACAUCAGAUUGGUAUUGGUAUCAGUGUUAUAAUGGCAAAUGCUUUUGGGUUUACCAAAGUUCUAGGAACGGAGGAAAAAUGGCCCUUCUUAUUUGCGGCACUAGCUGUAUUCCAAUUGAUUACAUUACCGUGGUGUCCCGAAAGUCCAAGGUUUCUAAUGAUAACAAAAAACAACGAAAAAGAUGCAGAAUCAGCUUUAAAAUGGUUACGUCGUUCAUCAGAUGUUCAUGAUGAUAUCAAUGAAAUGAAGAUAGAACGUAGAGAAUUACAAAGUAUGAAAAAGUUUACAGUACUGGAUUUAAUGCGAAAUAGUGACCUGAGAGGACCUAUGAUUAUAUGUAUCAUGAUUCAUCUUUCACAACAACUGUGUGGUGUAUCAGCUUUUGCUUCGUACUCGACGAGUAUUUUUACACAGAUAUUGAACAGUGUGGAACUAUCUACAUAUCUGGUAGUUGGCUUAAGUACACAUGCCUUUCUUGUAUGUGAUAUAUUUACGGUUUUUGUGGAGAGAUCAGGACGACGGGCCUUACAUAUGGCUGGUAUGGCGGGAAUGGCCGUCAGCUUGACCUUAAUCACUUUCUGUUUUGUCUAUCAAGAAGAUGUUGAUUGGUUAAAAUACGGUUCUCUGAUUGGUGUUUUUGGCUUUGUUUUCUUCUUUAAUAUAGGCCCAGGAUCCAUACCAUGGUUUAUUGUUGCCGAAAUGUUUACUCAACAGUCAAAAUCUUCAGCCGUCACAAUUUCUGUAUUCUUUAAUUUUAUGUCUGCAUCCAUAGUAUCAUUUGUCUUCCCAAGUAUUCAAGAAUAUAUCCAAAACUAUUCGUUUGUGCCAUUUAUUGGCUUGAUUGUAAUGUUUUGGAUUUACUUCUACUUUAAACUGCCAGAAACCAAGGGAAGGACAAUUGAAGAAAUAGCUGACCAAUUUCGAUCAAAGAAAACAAAAGCAAUGUUAAAACUCAUGGAGAGUGAUGGCGUAUCGAAUUCACUUGAUUAUUCUACUGAAACUGUGAACACACAGUUAUAAAAUUACAAAUGCGUACCCUCGUCUCCGAAAUAAUAAUCAAAUCUACCUACUUGAUUUUAUGUAAAAUCAGGGUGGUC